AUGGGAUUCAAAGUAUCCAGCGGUCUAGCUACCCUUUCUUGCUUGGGAGCGAUCGCGAGCGCCAACCCUUUGUCGCGCCGAGGAACUAUCGCUUCCGAUGAAAUCGUGGGGUUUGACCAGACAGUCCCCUCAGGAAUAACUGGCGAAGUUUAUCUGGCUUACCAGCCUUACCUGUAUGUGGUUAACGGCUGUGUCCCUUUCCCAGCCGUGGACGCAGAUGGCGACACAAAUGCCGGUCUUUCCCCCACGGGAGCUUCUGAUGGCGACUGCAGUAGUGAUACUGGUCAGAUCUAUGUCCGGGGCAACAGCUCCGGAGAUUACUAUGCUUUGAUGUAUGCCUGGUACAUGCCCAAAGACGAGCCUUCGGAUGGGCUUGGUCAUCGUCAUGAUUGGGAGGGAGCAAUUGUUUGGCUUGCCGAUUCGACUAGUACAUCCGCUGAUAAUAUUGUCGCUGUCUGCCCUUCUGCUCACGGCAGCUGGGACUGCAGUACCGAUGGAUACACAGUUGAUGGUACCGCGCCAUUGAUUGAUUAUUACAGCAUCUGGCCUGUUGACCAUUGCUGUGGUCUUACCACUACGGUGGGUGGCACACAGCCUCUGAUUGCUUGGGAGUCUCUCCCAACCGUUGCCCAGGAUGCUUUGGACACAACCGACUUUGGCUCUGCUAUCGUUCCUUUCAUUGAUGCUCAUUUUGCCACGAACCUAGCUGAUGCCACCUUUUGA